AUGUUUGCCGCUGUGACUGGGAGAUUACCCCCGAGCGACGCGUCCGGGUUGAUGGUGCUCGAGGGGCCUUCUUCCGAAGAAUGGGCCUUGAUCAAGGGCAUGUUCAUCGAGUUACCCGAUGUCUUUUCACCUCCCGUCAAAGGGGACGAGCGAAUUCUUCUGACUCAGUCAUAUCUAGCCUGGAAUGUCUCGAGAUGGAAACCUCUUGGCUACGAUUGCCACAAGAAGGGACCCCAUUGUAGCCCACCAGACGGCUUGCCUGCUGCGUUCAACAAAUGCUUCUACGACGCCAUUCCCCUGCUAUUGACAAAACGUACAUCAGAAGCAUUUGAAAAAAUCAACCUCGCCUGCACUCUGGCGUCGCAAUGCCUCCAGGAUUAUCCCUAUUGGGUAUUUUUGCGUUUGCUACGACUCUAUGCGUACCCUCUUUGGGCACGGUUUGGGGAAGUUCGAAGCCACAUGGUAAGGUAUUUGCGACUGUUGGCUUCCCGCACUUUGCCCACGGGCCAUUCCUUGAACACCCUGCUCGACGUAUGGUCCGAAGCUGGCAUGGAGCCCUACAAAGACAGAUUGACUGCCCUUCUCCGACUCACCUCUGACCUUAUCGGACCCUCAAGUCGAUUGGAAGCUGGAGAGUGGGCCUGGGUACAAGACGAGAUCUGCUCGCUACACUAUCAACUGGGAGGCUUCAAUGAUGCUUUACGGAUUGCCGAGUGGCUUGCCGAAGAUACAAGAGUUCCCAUGGGUGUUCGAAUCCUCUUUUGUGCGGCACUGAACAAGGCCAGAGAAGUCCAUAAUUCAGGCAACGCGUCAUCAAUCCAGUGUCGAAUUGAGGCUACGAGACAGCAAGACAAUGGAAACAGUCCUGCAGAGACAUCUUCGGGGUCAACGCGAGCCAACAGCAGAUGGGCACUCUGGGCAUUUUGCCGACCUUUCUCGUAA